AUGGUGAAGCAGGGGAGGCUCACCGACAAUGAGCUCUGGGAAGAAGAGGCGGUGGCGGGCGGUGGUGCGGCGAGUGCUUAUGCCGUGUGGCCAACAAGCAUGUGGUUAAGUUGGCAGGUCCACUACAGCUCCUCUAGUUAUGGAUCUUUUGGCGGUUUUAGGCCGGAUGGGUUUGACACUUUUCUCUGGCCCUUGGCGACGAGGUGGUUAGGUUAUCAGCCGACAUCGAGCGAGAAGGGACCUAGAGUCGCGCACUGCAGACUGAGGAUAGAUUUACUUCAUUUUGGCUAUUUCGCUUGGAUGCAGUACAUCAUGCCGAAUGUCAUACAGACACCUCUUGACGUGGAUCUGAAUGAGCCUCCUUCUGGACCUAUCGAUAAGACAUUUGCGUUGGGUGAGACACCUCCGUCGGCACAUGCUACACAUACACUUGCACCUCCCGAUCCAUCAACGUCACCGAAGCGCAUACCAGAUGAGAUGGAGAAUGACGGCGACAAAGACGAGGGCUGUCUACAAAGGCCACAUCUCUUGGGUCUCAUAACUUCUCCACCCUAUUUGAAAACAAGGAUAUGGCUUGGAACGUUUGAGACAGCAGAAGAUGCAGCAAGAGCGUACGAUGAAGCAGCAAGGUUGAUGUGUGGAACGAGAGCCAGAACCAACUUCCCUUACAACCCUGAUUCCUCUCACUCCACGCCAUCCAAGCUUCUCUCUGCUACUUUAACCGCUAAGCUUCACAGGUGUUACAUGGCCUCUCUUCAAAUCACUAGACCUUCUCCCAUCAACAAUGGCGCCUUUUCCACUGCACCAACACCCACCAUCCAACAGAAGAGACCACACAAGGAUGAACAACAACAACAGCAACAGCAACAAGAACAACAAUCUUCAUCUUCAUUGGAAGAUGGCAACUGGGCUUCCAUGAAGAAGGUUAAAGUGGAAAAUCAUGAGUUUAUUAAGCCUCUUGAGGAAGAUCACAAUCACAUUGAGCAAAUGAUUCAGGAGUUGCUUCAUUAUGGCUCCAUUGAGCUCUGUUCUCUUUAAUAUCAUUUGCUAUAUAUGCUUCCUCCUGAGAUCAAUUAUUAUUCUGCUAAUUUUUAACUUAAUUUAGAUUAUGAUGAUUAUCUUUAAUAUCAGGUCCUUAAUAUCUUCUAUAUUCAAAGUGACCUUUUUCUUUCUUUUUGUAGACAAUGCUGUCUAUGUACCACCCUUUUCUAUGUAUAGCCAAUCCAAUCAUAUUCCAAUAUCUUCAAUUAAUUAUUUGUUUCUAUC